AUGGCUGCCAUCGUGAGAAUAAAACGCAGAAGAGACGAGGAUCCGGUAGAUUCGCUUGUGUUUGUCUGUAAGAAAGCCAAGUUAUGCGAAAAAGUUGCUGCUGGGGAUGAGGAGCAGCAGGAACUACUGAGGAUUGAAGAUAAAUUCAAAUUUGCCGGAACUGUUGAUGAUCUUGACGAUCAGACAAACGCAAAAGAUGAUUCUGUUAUUAGAACAGUUAGGAGUGCAAUAAAGAAACGUAAAUUAGAGAAUGAACAAAUGAAAGUUUCUUAUCAAGCAGCUGAGCCUCAACAAGUUAGAAAACCAAACAAAUCAUUAACAAAAGGAUAUGCAAUUAUUGGGCAAAAGACAGCAGAUAAUUUGGAUUCUUUAGGUAGUUCAAAGAAAGAAUCUGUCACUGAAGAAUCUAAAUAUUUCCUUUUCAAUUUGGAAAAAAUAGAGGAAUCGUCCGAAGCCAAAAAAAAUGAGAUAAAGUCCAGCAUAAGUUGCAAUGAUGCAACCUUGACCAGAGAAAAAGUAUCCAAUGAUAAGAACUACGUUUACGAUAUCUUCUAUAUGAAUGAUUACAAAUUUGAUUUUUCACUUCUGCAAAAUAUUGAAUCGGUAGAGGCCUACAGGGAGACUUAUGAUUUUCAAUACCUUGAAGAUGCUGAUGAAGAAGUUUACGAAGAUGAAGAUAAUGAAGAUGAUGAAUCUAAUUGGAGGAAUGAUUACCCAGACGAAAACUUGUGCUUCUAUGAAUCAGAUGAUGAUUAUAAUGGUUCUGAUUAUGAGAAUGAUGAUUUGAAUUGCUUUGGAGUUAAUGAAACAGAUGAUAUGAAGGCAAUUGUUUCACAUGUAUCAAGAAGAUUAAGUUUGGGUAAUUAA